AUGGCGGCUAAGGAUAAGCUUGAGCUCCUGAAGAAGCUAUCAGCUGCUAGAACAAGCAAGUCAAGCAGGGAAGUACUCGAUGAAGAGCUCGGUUACAAUGAUGAAAAUCGCGUGUACGACUUAGUGGGUGAGGAGCAGUUUCAGGAGCAACGGCGUCGCGAACUACUGCGUGAUGACUUUGUAGUUGACGACGACGGGCAAGGAUAUGUCAAUAACGGCCUAGAUGAGUGGGCCGACACGCGUGGGGAUGUGUCCAGCGAUGAGAACGACCCUCAGCAGCGACAAGCAAGCAAUAAGAAGGACGGGCGGAGAGACCUCAUUGAAAUGAUGGCCAAUGCGCAAAAAAGCCGCGCGGUGCCGCAGCAGAAGAAGGUUAAGAGGGUGGAUGAAAGCGCGUUUGAUGAUAUUUUAGAAGAAUUCAGCGUUGUGCAUACCGCCGUGAAACCUCUCGCCCGCGUCACCUCGGAGAAACGGCUCUCUGGCGAUGAUGGGGAGGAGAUCUCUUCAAAAAGAAUCAAGUCUGACACCGCGAUGGCGGCCAUUGACUCGUCGCCGACUCUCUCUAGACAGGCGAGAGCUUUGCCUGCUGUAAAUAGUCUAGCGAGCGACGAUGCCGAUAUACACACUUCGCCUAUUGCUGCUACGACUAGGUCAUCCCCAUUGAAAACCGAGGUUAACAAGCUUGAUAUGCUUUUGGAUAAUGAAGAUAGUGAAGAUGAUGAGGUAUACCUUGGCAGAAGAGCUAUCAGAAGUGCGGCAGCAAGUAGGCAUGUCAAUUUUGGAGCAAAAUUUAAGAGCGUGUCUUCCCCCAUCGGCGCAAAGCCUACCGAUCUGCCGCAUUCCGAUCCAGAUCUACAGCCCAUGACCUCGCCGCUGAAAGGGUCAGAAACACCAUCGUACGAUAACUUCAAUAAUAAGUACUCAAAAGAAGACAUUGUCGAUCAGGCCACAGACUCUUUCUCCAUGUUCUGGUUGGAUUACACUGAGUUGGAAACCUCUUUGCUCCUCUUUGGCAAGAUAAAGACGUUGAACGGAAAGCACAUCUCCGCAAUGGUGCAAGUAGCUGGUAUUUAUAGGGAACUAUAUUUCUUGCCACGCGAGGGGAAAACAGCUUUGGAAGUCCACGAAGAAAUUAUUCCUUUAUUAAUGGACAAAUACGGACUUUCUACGAUCCGGGCCAAACCGGAGAAAAAGAUGUAUGCUUUCGAACUAGCAGAUAUUCCCAAAGAAGCAGAAUACUUGAAGGUUUUACUCCCCUAUGAAACUCCAAAGUGUAAAAAUGUCGUUAUUCCUUCGGAUCUCUGUGGAGAUACAUUCUGCCAUGUCUUUGGAGGCAAUUCUAGUAUAUUUGAGAGUUUUGUCAUACAAAGAAGAAUUCUUGGCCCCUGCUGGUUAUCUAUAAAACAAGGAGACUUUAACGAAAUAAAGAAUUCAUCUCAUUGUGACAGUGAAGUAUUUAUUUCCAUCCCACAGAACAUUUCACCUCAUCAAGAAAGGCUUCCUGCGCCCGAGUUAAAAUGUGUGUCUCUAUCGGUACAGACAGUUAUGAAUGUGAAAGAUAACAAGCAAGAAAUAGUAAGCAUUAGUAUGUGCUAUUAUAACGAUCUUCCACAGGAUACGCCCAUAGAAGAAAAUUUAAAGCCUUCUGAUAUUAUUACACUAGUGCGGCCAGUUAAAGGAUCAAGUUUCCCACCUGGCUUGAAUGUCUUAAGUAGAAAGGAGUUGCAAGGGACUGUUAGGACAUUUAAUUCGGAGAAGGUCCUUUUAAACUGUUUUUGUGCUAUGAUGAAGCGUAGCGACCCUGAUGUUCUAAUUGGGCAUAGGUUAGAAAAUAUUUCUCUGGACGUUUUAUGCCAUCGGGCGCUACAACUCAGGAUACCCACAUUUAGUUCUUUCGGAAGGCGCCUAAGACGAUCUUGGCCGGAGAGAUUUGGGAAAAACAACGCAAGCAUGGCUCAAUUCUAUAUACGGGAUAUUUUCUCUGGACGCUUGCUCUGUGAUAUAUCAAAUGAAAUGGGGCAAUCACUGACUCCGAAGUGCCAAAGUUGGGAGCUAGGUGAGAUGUACCAGGUAGUCUGCCAGCGCGAGUACAAGCCGUUGGAAAUUAACUUCAAUGAUUCGAGGUACCACGAAGAUGCUAAUUUUCUGGUAUUAGCUCUGCGAGAGGCCAUUACAAACUCCAGCUUUUCCGCCGAGAUUGCAUUCCGGAUACAAAUUCUAUCCCUGACAAAACAGCUGACCAAUCUCGCUGGUAACUCCUGGGGCCAUACGUUAGGCGGUACCCGGGCAGGCAGAAACGAGUUUAUUCUUCUCCAUGAAUUCUAUCGGAACAAUUACAUUUUACCUGAUAAAGAGUCGCGACAAAUGCGAAGUGCUCGGCAACAACAAAAUGUCGACACUCCUGAUGGAGAUGUCGCUACUGAUUCCAGAAAUUCUAACAAAAAGGCAAAAUACCAGGGAGGUUUGGUCUUUGACCCAGAUAAAGGGCUUCAUAAAAACUACAUUUUGGUCAUGGAUUUCAAUUCUCUGUACCCUUCCAUUAUUCAAGAGUUCAAUAUCUGCUUUACCACUGUUGAGAGAAAUCCCCAUGAUAUAGACGAGCUACCUCAAGUCCCUACCGAAGCUAAACCUGGGGUAUUGCCUAGACUUUUGGCCAACCUAGUCGAACGCCGUCGCGAGGUAAAGAAACUCAUGAAUGCAGAGACUGACGCCCAUAAAAAGGCAGAAUGUGAUAUUAGACAGCAGGCCCUUAAACUAACGGCGAACUCCAUGUAUGGAUGUCUUGGUUACGUUAACAGUAGGUUUUAUGCGAAGCCGCUGGCUAUGUUAGUUACUAACAAGGGCAGAGAGAUUCUCAUGAACACUAGACAAUUGGCCGAGUCUCUCGGUUUGGCAGUAGUAUAUGGAGAUACAGACUCGGUUAUGAUAGACACUGGUUGCGAUAACUAUAGAGAGGCCCUUAGUAUCGGUGAGAACUUCAAAAAACUAGUAAACGAGAGAUACAGACUUCUAGAAAUUGAUAUUGACAAUGUCUUUAAAAAGCUACUGCUGCAUGCCAAGAAGAAAUACGCAGCUCUAAAUGUAUCCUUUGACAAAGCUGGGAAUGAGAUAACCUCCCUUGAAGUCAAAGGCUUGGAUAUGAGACGGCGUGAAUAUUGUCCGCUAUCCAAAGAAGUAUCCACACAGGUCCUCAAUACCAUUCUCUCUGAUCAGGAUUCGGAAAGUGCUCUUGAAAACGUGUAUGACUAUAUGGAAACCAUAAAGUCUAAGAUUGAGAACAAUGAAAUACGUGCUGAUAAAUUCAAAAUCAAUACUAGACUAUCAAAAGAUCCCAAGUCAUACCCUAAUGGGAAAACCAUGCCAGCUGUCCAAGUAGCAUUGAAGAUGCGUGCCGUAGGGCGUGUGGUGAACGCAGGUACAGUUAUUACAUUCGUGGUUACUAAGGGCACAGAUGAAUCUGAACAGUCGAAUCCCGCAGACCGCGCUCGUCCCUUACAUGAAGUGAUGAACAAAGCGAACGGUCUGGUCCCGGAUCCUAUGUAUUACUUGGAGAAGCAGAUAUUCGCUCCAGUUGAAAGGCUUCUGCAGAAGAUCGAAAGUUUCGAUGUUGUCCGUCUGGGAAAUGCGCUGGGAAUUGAUGGAAGGCGCUUCAUUAAUAAUGUGCAGGAUUCUACCUCGAAUAGAUCUGAGCUUCAACCCCUCGAAUCCACUAUCAGCGACAUGGAGCGCUUCAAGGAUGCUACGGCGAUGCGCGUGACAUGCCCCAGCUGUCAGGCUAAGUUCCCGUUCGGUGGUAUUGUGGCUUCAAACCACUAUCAGUUCACUUACUCUGGCCUACAAUGCAAGGCAUGUAACCAUAUCUUUGCCCCCCUGCAGCUAACUUCACAGCUUGAAUUUGCCAUACGCGCACACAUCUCUCUCUUCUACGCUGCCUGGAUGGUCUGCGAUGACCCCACCUGCGGCACCGUCACACGCCAGCUUAGCGUCUUCGGUAAGCGCUGCCUCAAUGAAGCCUGUACAGGUGUUAUGCACUAUCGUUAUUCUGACAAGCAGCUGUACAACCAGUUACUGUACUUCGACUCUCUUUUUGACGUCACUAAGACCAAAAACAGAGACUUGAAGCCUCUCUACCUCCCUGGCGAUGCCGACAUGCCCACAGAGCCUUUGAGCGCCUCCCAGGUCGCUGCCCUUGCAGAGCAAAAUAGGGACCUAUUAGAGCUGAACCGUGGGGUGGUACAAAAGUACCUAUCACAGUGCGGGCGCCGCUACGUUGACAUGGGAGAGAUUUUUGACUUCAUGCUCCAAUGA